AUGAGCUACCCAGGAUACCCUCCUCAGUCCGGUGGAUACCCACCACAAGCAGGGGGCUACCCACCUCAACCAGGGGCAUAUCCCCCCCAGGCAGGCGGCUACCCACCGGCAGCAGGGGGCUAUCCCCCACAGGCAGGCGGUUAUCCCCCACAGGCAGGCGGCUACCCACCCCAGGCAGGUGGCUACCCACCCCAGGCAGGCGGCUACCCACCCCAGGCAGGCGGUUACCCUCCCGCAGCAGGUGGCUAUCCUCCAGCAGCAGGCGGUUACCCUCCAGCAGCAGGGGGCUACCCUCCCCAGGCCGGUGGUUUCCCUCCAGCAGCUGGAGGCUUCCCUUCUCAGGCAGGAGGAUACCAACCACAGCCUGGAGCAGGAGGUUAUCCCUCCAUGCCUCCAGCAGGUGGAGGCUGGGGUGCAGCACCAGGUGGCUAUGGAGCGCCAGCUGGAGCUCAGCAGGGAUACCCAGGGGGUCCUGCCCCAGGCCAGCCCAUGCCAAGUUACCCUGGAGCCCCAGCGACUAACCCCUCUAUGCCUGGAUAUGGAAGUGGUGUUCCGUCCAACCCUCAGGCACCUGCCAUUUCUAAAGGGUUCAGGGGAUCUAUUAAAGACUUUCCAGGGGCCGAUCCACUGAGGGAUGUUGAAGUUCUUCGAAAAGCUAUGAAGGGUUUUGGCACUGAUGAAAACGCCAUUAUUGAACUUCUGGGAAGUCGUAGCAACAAGCAGAGGGUUCCAAUGGUUGCAGCCUAUAAAACAACUUAUGGGAAGGAUUUAUUCCACGAUCUGAAGUCUGAGCUCACUGGAAACUUUGAGAAACUGGUUCUUGCCAUGUUGAUGACCCCUACCCAGUUUGAUGCAUCUCAACUCAGAGAGGCUAUAAAGGGCGCAGGAACUGAUGAAGCUUGUCUGAUUGAGAUCCUCUCAUCACGCUCCAAUGCAGACAUUUGUGAAAUCACCAGAAUCUACAAAGCUGAGUACGGGAAGAGCCUGGAGGAUGCCAUCAGCAGCGACACCUCCGGUCACUUCCGCAGACUCAUGGUCUCUCUCUGCCAGGGAAAUCGUGACGAAAGGGAGGCCGUUGAUGUCUCCCUGGCCAAACAGGAUGCUCAGAAACUGUACGCUGCCGGGGAAAAUAAAGUGGGAACUGAUGAGUCUCAGUUUAAUGCCAUCCUGUGUGCUCGCAGCAAGCCUCACCUUCGUGCAGUCUUCCAGGAGUACCAGCAGAUGUGUGGGCGAGACAUUGAGAAGAGUAUUUGCAGGGAAAUGUCUGGCAACGUGGAGUCUGGCAUGGUGGCUGUGGUGAAAUGCAUCAAGAACACCCCUGCCUACUUUGCAGAAAGGCUCCACAAGGCCAUGCAGGGAGCAGGGACCAAGGACACAACCCUCAUCCGUAUCAUGGUAUCUCGCUCUGAGAUCGAUAUGUUGGACAUCAGACAGGCGUAUGCGCAGACUUACGGAAAAUCACUGUACACUGCCAUCUCAGGUGAUACUUCCGGGGAUUACAAGAAGCUGCUGCUGAAGCUGUGUGGAGGUAGCGACUAGAAGGAAAGGAGGAUAACUCAUCAAAAGGACAAAAUAUGUCCACACUGAAACAAUGUUAUAGGACCAUAUAUCACCUCUGAUGCAUGUAGUCAAAGUUAGUUAUCCUAUAACAACAGUCAAUCAUUAUUACUUUUGUAUUCUUUCCAGUGUCAUGAUAGACUUUGUUCUGCUACUGUACUGUAGUAGAUGAUUGCCAAAUAGGAAAUAUAUUAAGAUGAAUAUUUUUUAAAAAUGCAGUAGAUAGCUGGGAAAAAGGUGUUCUAAAGAAAUGUGAGUUCUAACAAAAUCAUUAUAGCUAUCCUAACUAUUAUAUAGAAUAGUGUUUGAAAUGGCUAAACUUCAAUUUGUAAUUUAUCAUUAAAGAAAAGUUUAUUUGGAGGAAUGGUAAAAGUUUCAGGAAAUUAGAGAAAAGAUGUAGAGCAAGAAUGAGUGUUCAUUUAUGUAAUAUAUAAAGUAAAUGUACAAGAAAACAUUAAGUACAAUAUACAUGCAUUAAUUUCUGUUACUGAGGUAAAGUAUUCCUCACUACAAGCAUUUAGGCAAUUUAAUAUAUACAAAGUUGUGUGUGAGUUAUUAUGCAAGUUUUAGCAAAUUCAGUACUGCUGAAUGUCACACAGAAUAAAUAUUAUCAUUUAAUGGCUGUUUAACUGCUAACAAAUUCCAGGCAAUUUUUGAAUGUAAGAAAUGAAGAUCUGCAAAUAACGUCUCCUCUGUCUUUGUGUCAACUAACCAGAGUUUUACUCCUGCUUGCAAAUCUAUGCAAAUUAGCUGUUCACUUUAAAUCCUUUUAUAUCAGCUUUAAAAUACGCUUCGUUUGGUCUUGAAAUGUAAACCUAUUCAAUCAGCACUCAGCAUGAACAGACAGUGUUGCCUUUUUGCUGAAAAGCCAAAGCCUAAAGACAGAUGAUGUGCCUUCUUGUCAGGGCUGCUGUUGAGAGCUAGUCGAUGUUUCACUGUGGUUUAUCUUGCAAACAAUCAAUAAUCAUUGCAGAAAUAUAAUUCUCUAGUUCUCAAUAUUUUGUUUACAGUGUUCUUUACUGGUUUGUAUGUUUUGCUGCCAGUAGAGGGCUCUUUGUGCACAUGAAGUCAUUUCUCAUGUCUGUGUGAUUGUUUUUCCUGCUGACUUAGAGUUUGGCUUUAAUCUGCAUAUCCUUUACACUAACUCUACUUUGCAAUCAUCAUUGUAACAUGAUAAUGAUUGAAAUUUAAUGGAUUUUCUUUUUUUUUUUUAGUACUGUAACAUUUUACCAUUUGAUAGUCCCAGUCUCUUGGGACUUGCAAACAGCCACUUAAUUUCAAUAAAAACAUUUUGGCAUAU